CAGAAAAGACGAAACUCUAGGGCUAGGGAAGACGAAGAUGAAGACGAAGACGAAGACGAGGCCGCAGCUCGUGAGGAUCAGGCAUAGACAAAAGAAUAGCAGAACAACACCGUCCCGACCACAGGAAAGCUUGCACGAAAUUCCAAGUAAAUCAUCAAAUUCGCAGUGGUUUUUGUUACCAAAAAUCCAAUAGUAAACGCCAACUUUAUUAUGCCUCUUCACUACAUGAGGAAUCCCAUGUACGCACUUUGUCUCUUAGCGGCAAUCUGCGUACGACAGCAUAUACAAAAUAACAGGAUCGAACAGCGACUAACGAAAGCCGUGUCGUUUCAAACUCCGACGUCGGUGCUGACGAAACCGAACGAAGCGAGUUUGAAGAUCGCAACAAACUCGAAGAAAGAAAGUCACAACAGGAAAAUUAACAAGAGGGAAGUAAAACUCGACGACGCUUCGGAAUCGUUGGUUCAUUGUGUGCAGGACUUUGUAACUCGGGCUCGGAAAGUCGCGGACAACAUCCGAUCGAGCAUACCGGUUUCAAAGUCUGCAGAGUACGUCGAUCCGCUAGCAUCGUCAAAUAUUCUAGAUUCGUUGCUAUACUUGACGAGCAGCAUUGGGAUCAAAUGGCUAGCCUGAUGCGAACUACGAUGCACUGAAAACAUAUUUGUGAAUAGUUGUUUGACAAAGAUUUGACACCAAUCGUGAAGGGGGGCAGCGAUUCGCGAAUGAUCUUUGACAACCGACAGUAAGAAGAAUAGGUUGAAUUUUGUUGUCCGACAUCGUCGAUGCCAAAACUAUCAAACUAUUUGACCUGAGGAUCUGAUGAUGAAGGCACAGUUUGCUCAGGACUGAAAACUGAUUCGGUGUUGCGAGCUCCAGAAGGCGCCAACGAGCGCGCAUACACCGAAUAUCAAGUCUACGCAGGCGUGCGAUAAUUACAACAUUGCUUGUGUAAAAACAUAAA